UUUUCAGCACCUUGUUGAAUCUGUACCAUGAAGAAUUAAAGCAGUUCUGGGUGGGAAAAGGGGCCUUGAACACCAAACACGGUAAAGCAAGGUUUACAUAAUAACACGGCCUCCGUAAGAUCCACGGCGUUGAGGAUUUAAACUUCCGGGAGUCCCGUGAACGCAUCGCCGCAGGGGCGGCGUUAAAAAAGUUUUGAGGAAGUUUUUUUGACAAAUCGAAACUGCCGCAGUUGUGACAGGAAGACUUGUCAGUUUGUCCUUAAACUGUCUGACUGUCGGGGUUUUCUUCACGGGGAAAAUGCAGAACAGUGCUUACGGGGCCUCUUUGGCCGGUGGCGCCUUUGAUUUAGCGAACUUUCUAAAACAGCCUCAAACUAUUUUGCGCUUCCUGAGCUGGAUAUUCUCUAUCGUGGUUUUUGCAACCAUCACAGCCGAAGGCUACACCAACACGAAGGAAAAAGAUGAAAACGAGUGCAUGUUCCACAACUCUGACAGUGCUUGCAGUUACGGGGUGGGAGUCGGAGUCUUGGCCUUCUUGGCUUGUGUUUUGUUCCUCAUGCUAGAUGCCUACUUCCCGAACAUCAGCAAUGCCAAAGACCGAAAACACAUUGUAAUAAGUGAUCUUGCUUUCUCUGCGGUGUGGACGUUCCUGUGGUUCAUCUGCUUCUGCGUCCUGACGAGCCUGUGGUCCAAGACGACAAACGAACAAGUCGUGGCCGACGCUGCCCGAGGUGUCAUUGCCUUCUCCUUCUUCUCGAUCAUCACCUGGAGCCUUUUGACCUACUUUGCACUUGCAAGGUAUCGCCAAGGAGUGAAUGAAUUCGAGCAGGAAUACAGAGACCCAGCCAACGACCACAAUGCUCCUUACCAGAGCAGCCCCUACUCCAGCACCAGCGGGCCCUCUGGCUAUCAGCAGUCACCUUUCUCCAACACCCAGGAGACUCCAGGAGCGUAUCAGCCUCCAUCUUAUUGAAAGACUAAGAUUCAAAGGCAGGAAUCAAAUGAGGAAGUUUUUCUUUUUAAAUAUGUGUGCCAGUUGUUUAUUUUACAGAGCCGGACCGUUCUGUGCACUCCCCCUUCUGUUCCUGCUGAACGCGUUUGGUUUUCUGGGUGCACUGAUAUCUUUUUAGUUUCCUGCAAUGGUGGAAGUUUUGCUGUGUUGUUCACAGCGGGUAAAGUCUAAAGAUGUUCUUUUAUUUGCUAGCAGGUGA